CAACACAGUGCCAGGGGAUUAGUUCAUCCCUGCUGUGACUUCCCCACCUCUGAAAGGCCCUGGGGAUCUAUGGGGCAGUCUGAGGAGCAGAGGACAGAGGGUUCAUAGGGGCCCAGCGCCUCCUUUUCCCAUUGCCUUUAAAUCUCCCUCCUGUGGAGCUUGCUGCCAAAGGGGAGGGGAGGGGACGGCCAGGGGAUGGGCAGGCUUGCCCUCCCCCUCACUCUCCGACAGCAACUUUUCCUGUGAGCGCUGCAGCCUGGAGUCUAACAAUUAUUGCCUGUGCUCACAUCUGGAAGGAAGUGAGCGGCUCUUUCCACUGGGCCGCCUGCACCAGGGGGGACUGGCAGCCAGCUCCUGUCCCGCCCCAGCUGCAGAGGGCUCGGGGAACUCCAGAACGGGGCUGCUCCAGAGCCUGCGCCUGCGGACGGACAUGGGGGGAGCCGGGAGCCCCAGAGCCGCAAGGCCCCUGCUGUGAAGGUGGCAGCACAAGGGGUGCCGCGAGUACGUCGCCCUUCGGCCUGGUGAGAGCCCCAGUGGUGCCACCAUGGAGACACGCAAGCGUGAGAUGGAGUUACUGAGCAACAGCAUGGCCGCCUAUGCCCACAUCCGAGACAAUCCUGAGAGCUUUGGCCUCUAUUUUGUCCUGGGCGUCUGCUUCGGCCUGGUGUUAACCCUCUGCUUGCUGGUGAUCCGCAUCUCCUGCCAGCCGCGCACCCGCAGCCUCCCUGCCAAGCCCAGGAGGAGCUUGCGGGACGUCAGCGAGGAAGACGAGGAGGAGGAGGAGGAGGAGGAGGACACGGCUGACAACGUGGCGGCGGAGUCCCCGCUGCCCAUCACCGAGAUCCCCCUGGAGAACCACAGCCCGACAGAUGGCACCUUGACUGUCAACGUCUUUGCCUCGGCGGAGGAGCUAGAGCGGGCGCAGCGGCUGGAGGAACGGGAGCGCAUCAUCCGGGAGAUCUGGCGCAAUGGCCAGCCGGACAUCCUGGGCACGGGCACCGUGGGCAGAGUGCACUACUACUGAGUGCAGGCAUGGGGCCUGGCUGCCCAGCUCCCUGAGCUGGACUGUGAUGGCAGCCCCCCAGCCACGUGGGGCUCUGGUAGGAGGGCCCCCUGCACGCGCUGCUCUUAGGCACUCCCAGAAAGGGUGCCCAUGAGUCUGGAGAUGUUCCCCAGCCCUUUGCACAGCCCUGGGCACUGUGUCUGUGUGCGAGCUGGGCGGGGCUUGGCCCCCUGAAAUGCCCCGUUAGCUGGCACCAGCUGCACAUGGUGUUUGUUACUGGCGGAGCGAAUAGAGCCAAGUUCUGCCGAGCACCAAGCUCCCCGAGGAGCUGCUCUCGUUAACUGACUGCUAAGGGCCCCUCUCAGCGCUGAUGAUGGGGAUCUCCCUGCUCUUCCUGCAGAAGCUCCCUGCCCCCACCAGAUCAGGGACACCACGCAGGUCCUGCCAGGCUGUCUUCCCACCCUCAGCGAACCAAGUGCAUAAGACGGCAGCAAGGAGAGAACUGAGUGCCCGGCCAGCCCAGCGCCUGGAAGGGUCCUGCUGGGGCAUGGAUGGACUGGGACGCAUGGACGGACUCUCCCAGAACUGGCCACCAUGGGUGGCUUUGUCCCUUCCUCUGAAACACUUGGUACUGGCUGGUGUUGGAGGGACAAUGCCAGGCUAACAGGUCCCCCCCCAGCCAGGCCCCCAUGUACUGCAAAGUGCUAGGUAAGGUAGAGCUUAAAGGCAAGGGGCAGCGCGAUAGUUACUGGGCUGUUAGCAGUAGUUCCUGGGGUGCUCGUGUCACAGAGUGUGGGGGAGUCAGAGCCCUGCACCCCCAACGUCCUGUGAUUCACCGUGACUCUCAGCCAGUC